UUAAUAUUAAAAUGUACUCCUACGCUCCUUUAGGUGUUUCAUAUGCUUCUCCCUUAGCAACAUCAAUUGCCAGACCUAUUCCAGGUAUAAGUUAAUUAGACUAAUUAUCAGUUGGCUACGCAGCUCCAGUCUCAUAUGUUUAACCUGUAUCGUAUGCAGCUCCUGUUAGUUAUGCUCCUCCAGCCUAUUCUCCUAUUAGAGGUGAAUCCAGAGUCGAAUACGUUCCAUAUUAAAAGCCAGUCGUUGAAUUGGAAGAGGAAGUCAGAACUGUCUAAGUAAACAGUAAAUUUACACGUAGGUGCCAAGAUAAAAAUGGGUGACAGAUUAUUAUCCAGUCGAAUACUAAAAGGAAUACAUCCCUCAAGUUUCAUAUGAAAAAUAAAUUGAUUAUGUGCCAGUCGAAAAAAAUGUCCCAAGAGUUGAUUAUUUAGAAUAUGAAAGAGAGGUUUAAUUUUAAUUAAUUCCUUAUAGGUUAGAAGAGCUCCUCCUGCUCCAGUUUCAUAUGCCUCACCACUGUCUUACAGUUAUGCUGCACCUGUAGCACCUGUAGUAUCAGUGGCACCAGUAGCUCCAUUAAGAACCAGCUAUGUUGCUCCAACCUAUGGAUAUGCUCCAAGUUACAGCUAUGUUGCACCAACAUUUGGUUAUGGAUCAGUGUAUAGAUAUUGAUUUUUAUUCAAUAUCAUCAUUUAAUUUAAUCUUCU